CGGCGGUGCUUCGAGCCGCCGUACCGUGUGCGCAGCGGGCCGACGGAGACCAGUGAUGGGCCCGCGAAGUUCUGGGCCCGCUGUGUGCUUGGCUGCGCCUUCCUCCCGACCUCGGCCCCCAGCCUCGGAUCGCCGCCUCGCACCCGCUGGGCUCCCGGCGCCGCACUCGCCCCUUCUCGUCUGGCCCGCUACGGGCGGAGGGCGGCGGUCGUCCCGGACUUGGAGCCGCUGGCCCGCCCGGACUAAAGAGACCUCGGCUGAGAAGCGGCGCCCGCUUCCGCGGAUCUGCGGUGGAGGGUCCAGAGCGGGCCCCGCUUCAGGGGUGAAGACGACAGCGACGGCCCUGCGGGCUGGAAGGACCCAGGAGGCUGGGCAGCAACUUUGGGAUGACUUGGGAGCCCACUCCACCAGGAGGAAAAUGCAUCCUGCGUGGGGUCCUGACACCUGCAGAUGGAGCUUUGCCAUGAUUUCUUCUGGAUGUUUUUGUAAAGAGAUUAUUUCUGUAGAGAAAUGCCACUUCAGCAUCAUAUACACAGUCAUAAAAUUCAUAUCAAGAAAUGGGACCAGUCAGUCUUCCCUGCAACCUGAGGCAAAGAGAAAAAAGUCACACCCUAGUAAGUCCCUUCACUCACCUGUAUUGUUACUUUUCCAACAUUAAAGUAAUUGAGAUCCACUGAAAAGUGGAAGUUUAAGUACAUUAAAAUUCAGAACAUUAUUUUGAGUUCUACUAUUUUAUUGAUGCCAAACCAGAAUUUAGUAUGCCUUAAUGUCCCUAGCUUUCGAAAAGCUAAUUUAUCAAUAUGUUAAUAUCCCUUGUAGCUUGUCAUUUUCAAACGGGAUUAUCAUUGUGCUUGAUGAUUUCUCCUGAAGUAGUGUUGAACAUAAUUUUUAAAAAUUAUCUUCAUCCACUAAUAUGUUCUUUGCCAGACCUCUGUGUGAAUGUAUUUGUUAAAACAUCCAUAAAUUAACCAAGGGAGCAUCUGCCUAUUUUGAUACAUGAUUAGAGUGAGCAAAUUUCAUGAGUCAGGUUUAGAAGAUCAAAAUAUGAUGAUGUCUUUUCUCUCCAUGCCACCUACUGCAUGCUUCUUAAAACCAUCUAAGGUGAAGUCGUUACCAAAUGAAACAAACCUGUUUCCACUCAGCCAACAUACAGCAAAGCAAAACACUGACCUGAGCAGUGAAACCCAACCCUGACUUUGGGAUGUGGUUUUUUUGACAUUGGGAAAGAAGGUGGGCGUUCCCCAAGCAAGGAGAAUGGAUAGCUAAAGGUUAAAGCCCUGCACUCACUAUUGGCUUCUAAGCAAGGGCUUAUAAAGGUUAUGGGAAAGGGUUGCAGGAUGUGUGAUGAGCUUGUGGCAUUGUUCUGACGGGUCCGUGGUGAGGUGACGGGACUGUUUGAGGAGUGUUAGGUGUCAGCCUUCUGGCUCCACUGAGGCUAGAGUCCACGUGCUCCUCAUUGUCAGUAGGUGGCUCAUCUGGUGGGGCCUAAUUUCCUGUAAAACAAGGGAAGGAUACAUGAGUCAAGUGUCAGUCUGUGGCUUUGAGGGGGAAAUCAGAGUCCUGGGCCAUUUUAGUUUGCUUUACCUUGGUUUGCGAACCCCAUUUUCUUUCAUCUUAACUUACACAUUCUGAUUCCCAUACUGUGGGUCAUAAUUGAUGGACCCAGUCUUGUAUAUCAAUGAGAUG